AUGGAACUCGCGACAAUGCUUAUCCCCAAGGACGACCGCAAGAAGAUCCACGAGUACCUCUUCCGCGAGGGUGUGCUCGUGGCCAAGAAGGACUUCAACCUUCCCAAGCACGGUGACAUUGAUACCAAGAACCUCUAUGUCAUCAAGGCUUGCCAGUCUCUGACCUCCCGCGGUUUCCUCAAGACCCAGUUCUCGUGGCAGUACUACUACUACACCCUCACCCCCGAGGGUCUUGACUACCUCCGCGAGUGGCUCCACCUCCCCCGCUGA